CUUUCAGGUGUAAUUCUAAAACACGAUUACUUUGGCAAUCACUUAGAUAGUUCUGGAAAGACUGUUGACAAAAACUUGGAGCUUAAAAAUUUCGAAGCUGCGGGAAACACUCUCGCUAGUAUUUGGAGUGAAAUGGUUAUAGAUGGUCAUGCCGUGAUAGCCGAAUUCAUUAAGCCUGCAGAUAGUACAGACAGUUUUGACGAAUUGAACCAUGAUUGGUAUAUUAAGCACGUACGCGAAUCUCAAUAUCUUCUACAGAUAACUAAGUGCGAUGAUGUUCAGUGUUGUGGCUUGAUUAGAAGUAAUAUUCGUACGAUUUUGACUGCUGGAUUUCUUCCUGCUCCUUGCCAAAUUACUCAUGAUGAAAUAACAGGGCUACUUAAGGUGCCUCAGACAAUGAAUCAUGCUGAUGAAGAUGCAAGAUUCAUGCAUUUAUUCCAAAGAUUAAACCUUGAAUCGUUUGUUUUAUCGCAAACCGGAAAUCAGAAUAAUUUGCCAUAUGAUUACUUUUGCCCUACCAUACAGUCACAAAUAAAAGAAAGAACUUGCUUUACAUGUCAUAUGUAUUUUGCUUCAAAGAAAAAAAUUAGCGAGCACAAGAAACUGACUAAUCAUAAAGUAUGUUUUUCCAAAAUGAAACCUGUUCGUAUUGAAGCACGUCGAAAAAAAGAACUACUUUGUGUAAUAACAGACGAUUGUACGUUAGCGGAAGAUGCUGAAUGGAUGUGUGAAGAUGAUGUUGAGAGAACAGAAUUUCUUGAAUUAAAAAACGAUGAAGUUUCUGAAUCAGACUCUUUGCCUGUGAUUGAAUCACUUGAAAAUUGGCUGAAAAAUCCAUGGACAAGUGAAAAUUAAAAUUAUUAUAAAAAUGAAUAUUAUAACAAUAAUAAUAAAAA